GAAGAAGAAGAAGAAGCUCGCCGGACACUUUUCCAAAAGAUGGCGCUGGCAAGUGUGUUGAAGAGUGACUUCGCGGAUUUUGCCUUCGGCGGCCGUCAAACGUCGUCUUUCGGACUGAGCGAGCUGGGCUUCCAAGCCACGUCCGGGAGCGACUUGAGCUUCCCCGUAAAAAACCCGCAAUGCGCCGCGGACGAGGACGACGUGGAGAGGAAGAUCGAGUUUCUGCAUGGAACUACAACUCUGGCGUUUAAAUUCGAGCACGGCGUCAUCGUGGCGGUGGACUCCCGGGCCACGGCGGGCUCCUACAUCGCCUCGCAGACGGUCAAGAAGGUGAUCGAGAUCAACCCCUACCUGCUGGGCACCAUGGCCGGGGGCGCCGCCGACUGCAGCUUCUGGGAGCGCCUGCUGGCCCGCCAGUGCCGCGUCUACGAGCUCCGCAACAAAGAGCGCAUCUCGGUGGCGGCGGCCUCCAAGCUGCUGGCCAACAUGGUGUACCAGUACAAGGGCAUGGGACUCAGCAUGGGCACCAUGGUCUGUGGCUGGGACAAGCGAGGUCCAGGACUGUACUACGUGGACUCUGAGGGGAACCGGGUGUGCGGCGACCUGUUCGCGGUGGGCUCGGGCUCCAUGUACGCCUACGGCGUGAUGGACAGCGGCAUUCGUCCGGACCUGACUGUGGAGGAGGCGUGCGACCUGGGCCGCCGGGCCAUCUACCAGGCCACGUACCGCGACGCCUACAGCGGCGGGCAGGUCAACCUGUACCACGUCCACAGCAAGGGCUGGACCAGGGUCUCUCAGGAUGACGUGCUGGAGCUCCACCACCGAUACAAAGAUCAGGCUUGAUUACUCCCAAUUCUCUCCUUUUGUUCUUGUAUCCACAAUUCUGUGAAAAAUCUGUUUGGUCGAUAUUGAUGAAUAAAAAACAAAAAAGCA